CAUCGUACAGGAAUCAGCAGACCACCGAUACACCAAGAAGGUUUUCUCCUGCAACCGCCCCCAGUAUCCUCCAUUUCUUUCAAAACCCUCUUAUAAAUUCCUCCUACUCCUCUUUUUCUCCUCACAUUACACACAAACAAGCAAAGCUCUUUUCCUUUUCUUUAUUCACUCUUCUCUUUUAUUCUCUCUUGGUCUUCUUCCUUCUCAUCGUCAAACUAGAAAAAACACUAACCAAAACAAUUUAAUCUUCUUGUCUAUGGAUACCAAGAUUGGAUCUAUUGACACAUGCAAGCUCGCCAACGGCGACAUGUGCAGCCCACCAAACGGUGCCAUUUCUACCAUCCAAAAUUCUGUGUCACCCACUGUGUUCAACUCUCCUGACUCCACUCUCGGCCGCCACCUUGCUCGCCGGCUGGUUCAAAUAGGCAUCAAUGAUGUUUUCUCUGUUCCCGGUGACUUUAAUCUUACUCUCCUUGACCAUCUUAUUGCAGAGCCUGGGCUUAACCUCAUUGGCUGCUGUAACGAGCUGAAUGCAGGGUACGCUGCCGAUGGUUACGCACGGUCACGUGGAGUUGGCGCUUGCGUUGUUACGUUUACUGUAGGUGGGCUUAGUGUUCUCAAUGCAAUUGCUGGUGCUUACAGUGAAAAUCUGCCUGUGAUAUGCAUUGUUGGCGGGCCUAACUCCAAUGAUAAUGGGACUAACAGGAUUCUGCACCAUACCAUUGGAUUGCCUGAUUUUAGCCAGGAGCUAAGGUGUUUCCAGACUGUUACCUGCUUCCAGGCUGUGGUGAAUAACUUGGAAGAUGCCCAUGAGCUGAUCGAUACUGCUAUAUCGACUGCUUUGAAAGAAAGCAAGCCGGUUUAUCUAAGCAUUAGCUGCAACUUGCCUGCCAUCCCUCAUCCUACUUUUAGCCGGGAGCCAGUUCCAUUUUUUCUCUCUCCCAGAUUAAGUAAUAAAUUAGGUUUGGAGGCCGCAGUUGAAGCAGCAGCAGAGUUCUUGAACAAAGCGGUGAAACCAGUUCUGGUGGGUGGGCCUAAACUGAGGGUUGCAACGGCAUGUGAUGCAUUUGUUGAGUUAGCUGAUGAUUGUGGUUAUGCUCUCGCCGUGAUGCCAUCAGCGAAAGGGCUUGUGCCAGAAUUCCAUCCCCACUUCAUUGGAACUUACUGGGGUGCUGUGAGCACUUCUUUCUGUUCUGAGAUUGUGGAAUCUGCUGAUGCUUACUUGUUUGCUGGACCCAUUUUCAAUGACUAUAGCUCUGUCGGAUACUCUCUCCUUCUCAAGAAAGAGAAGGCAAUCAUAGUGAAUCCAGAUCGAGUGGUUAUUGCAAAUGGACCUGCAUUUGGAUGUAUUCUGAUGAAAGAUUUUCUCAAAGCCCUUGCAAAGAGGCUCAAGCUCAAUACUACUGCAUAUGAGAACUACCGCAGAAUUUUUGUUCCUGAUGGACAACCUUUGAAAAGUAAACCUAAAGAACCACUGAGGGUUAAUGUUCUCUUUCAACAUAUACAGAAAUUGCUGUCUAGUGAAACUGCUGUGAUUGCUGAGACAGGGGACUCAUGGUUUAACUGCCAGAAGCUGAAAUUGCCAAUGGGAUGCGGUUGGAUUUGCAGAUAUGAGUUCCAAAUGCAAUACGGAUCAAUUGGUUGGUCAGUAGGGGCAACUCUUGGAUAUGCGCAGUCUGUGCCGGAGAAACGCGUGAUUGCUUGUAUUGGUGAUGGUAGCUUUCAGGUGACUGCUCAAGAUGUGUCAACAAUGCUGCGAUGUGGACAGAACAGCAUCAUUUUCUUGAUCAAUAAUGGUGGAUAUACCAUUGAAGUUGAGAUCCAUGAUGGCCCGUACAACGUGAUAAAAAACUGGAACUACACUGGCUUGAUUGACGCUAUCCACAACGGUGAAGGCAAGUGCUGGACAGCCAAGGUCCAAUGUGAGGAGGAGUUAAUUGAAGCAAUUGAGAAUGCAACAGGGCCAAAGAAAGAUUGCUUGUGCUUCAUCGAGGUCAUUGUUCACAAGGAUGACACUAGCAAAGAACUCUUGGAAUGGGGCUCCAGGGUCUCUGCUGCCAAUAGCCGACCACCAAAUCCUCAGUAGACUUCAAAACGUGUUGAUCUUUCAAUUCAAAGUUGAUGGUCUAUCCUUUGUUCUUUCAGGACAAGAUUUUGAGCUUGUGGUUUUUGAUCAGUCUUCGCAUUCUGAAAUAUUUUAGCUGAUGCCUAUUUAUAUUAAAUCUCAAUUUGAUGUUCUCGACAAUCUUUGAAGUUUCAUUUCUAAUGUUAAUGGUGCCUGCUUCUUUGAGUGGUUGAAAA